GAUGUUAUUUUGGGGGAUAUUUCACAAUGGGUGGUCAACGCUUCGAAACUCCACAGCCCGAGGCUUACUUGUUUGGGGAAAAUUCUGACCUCAACUACUUAGGUUCAAGGCCGGCUCCAUUUCCAUACCCACCCCCUCAACCAAACGAGCCGACAAAAACCCUCAAAAGCUUAGUUAAUAUUCGUAAGGAUUCUGUGAAGUUAGUGAAAGACAACAGGAACUUUGACACUGAGGAGGAAUCAACAGAUAUGGCAGAUAGAUACAAUUUGGAAUUUGUAUUUGAUAGCGAGGCAAAAGUCGCAAUCACGGUGUACUUGUUUGCAACAGAGGAGAUUGUAAAUGGACAGCAUGCUGUAUACCAACCUAAGGAAGGUUUAGGUAUACGUUCUGAGACCUUCCAGUACCAGAAGGGUGCCAACCAACUCUUUAAACAGCCUGCCUUCAUCAUCAAUCCUGGACGUUUCACCGAAGCUGAUUUCAACUUUGACCCACUAAAGGACCUAAUUCCAGUUGUUAUACAGUGUUGUGUAGAUGAAGGUGACGAACAUGCUGGUCACAGCCAUGCAUUGUUGGCCACAUUGGAUAAGGUAUCUGAUGACCUGUUUGUAAUCAAACCACUGAAACAGAAACAGAUGGUGGAAGGAGUCUACUAUUUACUGCAAGAGAUCUAUGGCAUUGAGAACAAGAAGGUUACUAUGAUACAGGAUGAAUUGGACAACGAUGCCUUGGAUGACAAUGGUUCUGACUGUGUCAUCUGCAUGUCAGAUGCAAGAGACACCUUGAUUCUUCCCUGCAGACACCUUUGUCUAUGCAAUGGAUGUGCUGAUUCCCUUCGCUACCAGUCAAGCUGCUGUCCAAUCUGCCGAGCACCUUUCCGAGCCCUUCUUCAGAUAAGAGCCUUGCGCAAGGUGUCAGGUGUACCCCAUGCAGAUGACAGCAAUAUAAAUCAAGAGAACGUACCCCAAGGAUAUGAGGCAGUUCCUCUGGGGGAAGCCCUAAACGGGCCAAACACCUCCGGCAACCCCUCCUUGCCACGAUUGGAGCCGAGUGACGGAAGUGGAAGUGGGAGACACAAGAGGAGAAAUAGAAGAAAGCGUCCAACGUCAAACAGCAGCUCAUCAGGAAGAAGCAAGACUGUCCCUGAAGCAGCAGUCACUGCACACAUCCCAACUGCACAGUAUGCAGAGGAAAAUGAGGUGAACAAGUCAUUAGAGAAUCCCUACAACGUCAAGAAAAACCUGCCUCCAAUGCCAUCACAGAUAACUGCAGCCCCAAAGAUCGAUUUAGGUGUUCUGUUAGGGGCUACUGCUGCUUCUGCAACUGCCACGGUUGAUGAAAAGGAAGAGGUUAGUUCAGGAAUAGAAGCACUCUCGUUGGAGACUGAUUCAACAGCCAUCAGUCCAUCAGAGCCUAGCUCACCCAAAUCAGAUACACUCACCAAGGAGGUCAAACAGGAGAGUAUUGUCAGUUCAACAGACUCCGUUUUCCAAGAACAAGAACCUACUAUUCCUGGCCAUCCAAGCCCUACUCCUCUGCCAAGUGUAGAGAUACCCGGAAUGCCACUUGACGAAGACAGAAGGGAGAGUCUAGCUAGUUCGGGCAGUGUGUCAAGUACUCGUCGACUCCUUUCCACCCCAUCAACUGUCAAGUUUGACCAAACAUACGAACAUACGCUGGUGUAAGGCCCAUUUGCUUCAAGACAUGUUGAUCACUUAUUUCGGCAGGCUCGUCAGUGCUAAUAUUACCAGAGCUGCCCUGUUCAGUGAUUAAUAACAAUAAUCUGUGUAACCAUAGUAACAAAGGCUACCAUAGUAACCAUUUUUCAAGAAAUGCAAGAAAAUAAAUAUAUUUAAACAAUUGUAACAACUAUCUAAACUUGACUUAUAUAGUGUAAUUAUCAGAGCCGUCCUGUUCAGGGAUUCAUUAAAAUAUUACGUGUAACCAUAGUAACAAUUCAUCAAGAAACACAAGAAAAUAAAUACGUAUAUCUAAACAAUUUUAACAACUAUCAAAACUUGACUUAUAUAGUAUAUGAAUUUCUCACUAAUUUUAAAGAUGUGUUCACAUCCGUAGCAAAAGCCAAUAAAUGGCAGUAAUCACUAUUAUAUGCUGAUACUAGUUUCAAUUCAUUUAUUUUUCAUCAAAAUAGUAUGUAUAUAUAAAUAAUAUAAUUUGUUUAUUUAAUCUUCUUGUUUUUUAGCAACACCCAAUGAAGGGUGACAAUCAUGGAAAUGAUUUUGUUGAAUGCAUCAAUGCAAAAUGAAAAAAAAAUCUUACAAGAUUUUAUAGUACAGUAGAUCCUCACCAUGACAGGAUUAAAUGAAUAUAGAUUUCCCCUCUUAAUUUGUCAGAUGACGUAAAAAAUAGUUUAUGCAAAUAUUUCAAAUUAUUUUUUAAACAUACUAUAGUUUAAUAUUACCCAAGAUUUAUUUGCUUUAUCGAUUGUUUAAAAGUCCAUCGGGGAAGGUUAUACAGUAUACUUAAUAAUUGAUGAUGGGGUUUUUUUGAAGCAGAGUUGUAAAUAUGAAUUUUUUGGACAAUUAUGAUUAUCUAUCUAAAUAUACUGUGUAAAUAAUGGAUUAAGAGAUACUUUCAUGACUGGAUGCAUUCAUUUAUCGAUUAUGUGUAAAUAUUAUGGAGAUAAAAUGUGACUGGAUCUGGCAAAAUUAGCCGUUUGUAGGAAAAAUUCAAAAUUGAGUUUUUGGUGUUUUUAGAUUUUGCAUGAAGUUUUUUUUUUUAAAGUGUUUA